AUGUCUGCUUAUGCAACAGUCGUUCUGGGAGCUGGUAUAAUCGGCACAGAGACGGCGUUCUACCUCUCGAACAGUCCUUCUCACACUAGCGCGAUUUGCCUUGUUGAAGCUGCCCUAGAGAUGUUUGCCUCUGCGUCUGGCAAAGCGGGUAGUCUGGUAGCCGAGGACUGGUUUGGACCAGCAACUACCGCACUUGGGGAGCUGAGCUUCCGCUUGCAUGAAGAGCUUGCUACAGAGUAUGAGGGGAGGAGGAAUUGGGGAUGCAGUCGGAGUACAGGUACAAUUGUGGUUGUUGGACGUGGGAAGCAGAAGAAGGGAAAGAAGCGGCUAGAGCAGGGCUGGAAUCGAGCUGAGCCGAGAUCGCAACAGCUGAGAAGGUCAAACAUCACUCCUAGAAGGAAGGUCCGCAGUGGAUAA